GAAAUCUUUUCGACGUUCGCACUCUUUUGAAAUUUCUCUCUUUAUUUCUAAAAAUCGCAAAAGAAAAAGUAUCAUGGGUAGCGAAAUUGCAGCGUGUAGAGCUUGGUAAUAGACAGCCUGACCCCGGCACUGGUGAUGGUGGAGAUGGCAGCAGAUUUGGUGAUGUUAAUAUUAAUGCUUUGUUGUAG